AUGGCAGCUGCCGCAGUUCAGAGUGCUAUCCCCAGCUCUAGCUUCAACUCUGUUCAAGGAAUCCAAUUCCAGCCACAGCUUGAUCAACAAACGACCUACAAGAGCAUUCCCAAGCACGACGUAAAUACCAUUCUCAACUUUUUCAAGGACAACGAAGACGGCUCCCCUCCAGAGCCGACGUACGUUGGAAAGCCCGAGACGUAUACCAACCGGCCGAUUGCGUCGCAUCAGGUAACCAUCCGAGACGUUGCGGGAGAAGAGGACAAGUACACUCUCGACAAGAGCGGAUUUCAAUUUCAUCGCCAUACUUCGAUUGAGAAGGAUUUCCUGGAUGAUGACCAGAUCAAAGCAAAAUAUUAUCCGGAGACAGAGCAACUCCUCAAGGAUGUAACCGGAGCAUCCAAAAUCUUCAUCUUUGAUCAUACCAUCCGCCGUCACAACCCCGACAACAACACUAGUGGCACGACGGAUGCAGCCCUUCGUGGCCCUGUCCAACGGGUCCAUAUCGAUCAGUCUUACACCGCGGCAGCCUCCCGCGUUCCGUUUCACCUUCCUGAGGAAGCAGAAGAGCUUUCAAAAGGACGCGUGCAGAUCAUCAACGUUUGGCGUCCGAUCACACAGGUUCAGAGGGAUCCCUUGGCAGUUGCUGAGGCAGACUCGGUUGUGGAGGAGGACCUCGUGCCAAUUGGUUUGAUCUAUCCUAACCGUAAUGGAGAGACGCUCAGCGUGAGGUACAACGAAGGGCACAAGUGGUUCUACAAGUCUGGCUUGACGCCUGAGGAGGUCCUCCUCAUCAAGUGCUUUGACAGCAAGACGGACGGACGAGCACGACGAGUGCCGCAUACAGCAUUUGUAGACACGACUUCACCUGCAAGUGCGCCAACGCGGGAGAGUAUCGAGGUUCGAGCGCUGGUUUUCCAUCCAGAUGACAGGGAAUAG